CCGCAAGAUGGCGGCGAAGUAUUGAAAGAAAGGAUGCCGAAUUUGUAAAUUAAAGGUAUUUGAGUUUGUCUCAAACAUCUUUGUAUAUCGGUUAUCCCUGUGCCAAGCUCCAGACAAUGAAUCAUCAGCCAUCAGUUGAGCCUCUUCCACUGGGAGAGAAUGAUGGAGGCAUGGCCCCUGGGACCACAGCGCCAACGAGAAUCAGCGAUACCCUCGGGAGAGAUUCAAAAGAAACGAAUGGGCCCGACCCCAUGAUGGACAAAGAGAGUGCCAAGGUUAUACAAAGAAGGAACAGACGAAGGAGAAAACUGAAUCAAGGCAGCCCACGCCAAGGAGACCGUACUGAUACGGCUGGCUAUGUUUCCGACAAUGAGUCCUCCUGCUGUGAGGAAGAUGGCGCCACCAACACAUCAAAGGUUGGGGUGACCAAGGAUGGAUGUGAGGCAAACGUACGCAUCGACCCCUCAGAGCUGAAAGAUGGCAGCACUGGUAUUGGGAGGUCCAUGGAAACAGUUGUGGGUGACCAUACGGGUCAGUGCGACGAGAUGACCAAUGGCAUGUCAGAGAAGGAUGUGUCGAAAUCGAAGGAAGUGCUGGAGACGACCCUAAAGGGGACAAAAGAUGUCGAAGGGAUUCUGGCAGCGAAUGAAGAGAUAGAAGAUCAGCCUGGGACAACUAUGAUAAGCCUGGGUGAUUAUGACGUGGUGAAGAGGACAUCCGAGAAGACAGAAGAUAUCACAAGGAUUCCAGGAGCGUCAAAAGUUCUAGAAAAUGAGCCUGUCGUGGCGAAAAAGAGCAUGGAUGAUGAUCAUGUGUCCAAUGUGAUCAGCACCCUCUGCAGCCUCUGGUCCCCACCUGUUCCAGCGCACAAUGAAGUGGCUGUUUACACUGUUCAUACUGACCCGGGCAAAAAGACGACGGCAGCCAAGGGUGAAACGAAGGGUGUGAUGACACCGACGCGUGCAGCUGGUGCAACUAAUGCAACUACUACUGGUUCUGGCGCUACUGGUUCUGGCGCUACUGGAACUGGUGCCGCUGGGACAAGUAAGUCGACACCAGAGAAGAAGCCAGCUGCUUCUGGAAGCAAAGAUGGUAGUGGUGAUGCCAAGCCAGCUGCUACCACUAACGAUAAGAAAGCUGAACCUAAGGUGAAGAAAAAUAUAUGUGAUGGGGCGUUCAUCAAAGUAUUGAGUAAAGAUGAAGUGACAGAGUUGGAAUGGCCAACUGAGAUGGUUCAGAAUACCACGACUGAGCCGAGCGUCACUUACAGUUGUAAUCCGCUCUACUUUGAUUUUGGGCAACUGAGCACUAAGGUAGAUAAGAAGGAAAGCAAAGCCGAGAAGGAGUUAUACCCUGGUGAGAUGGAAGCAGGUUCCAGUAAAAGUACAUCCAAGUUGUUCGUGCCUCGACAGUUGACACAGAAGAAGGCUGACAAGGAGAGCGAUGACUCCAAGGCAGAGGAUGGUGGAAAAGAUGCCGAGAAGGCGGAAACGGAAGGUGCUGCAGAGAAACCUAAACAUAAGAAGAAGAAGAAACACCGUAAACAUCAUAAGACUGAUAAGGAGAAGCCUGAAGGUGAGGAAGGGGAGAAAAAGAAGCGUCAUAAACACAAAAAGAAGAAGUCCAGGAAGAGACAUCGAUCAAGUAAGGAAGGGAAAGAAUCUGGAGAUGAGGUCGCUACAUGUGCUGGGCCACCUGAGGUAGAGGAGGAGGCCCCCGUAGCUGCUGAGGAGAAGAAAGAGGAUGUCAAGAAGAAGAAAAAGAGAAAGAAGUCCAAGAAAUCACAUAAGAAACGAAAGAAAGAGUCUGAUGUCGAUUCGGGGAAUGAGGAUGAGCCAGAUGGUGCGGCAAAAGGCGAAGGUAAUCCAGAUGACAGGGUGAAAGUGAAGAAGUCAGGUAAAAAAUCGAAAAAGUCUAAACAUUCUGAAUCAAGUGGUGAAGAAAGUGAUGGGGAGAAGAAGAAACGGCGACACAAGCACAAGAAGAAGAAGCAUCAUCACUCUGAUAAAGAUGGUGGGAGCGGUACGGAGCAGAAAGAAGUCAAAGUCAAACAGGAGGCGGAACGAGAGGUCAAGAAAACUGAAACGCCCAAGAAAGAUCCAAAACGCAAGCACAGCGAGUCCGACUCUGAUGCAUCUGAUGGGCAGAAAGUUAAGGCAAAGAAGAUCAAGCAGGAGACACCAGGAUCUGCUAAGAAACCUCAGAUUCCUGUAACGGCUGUAGGCCAAAGCAGUAAACCUGACAAUCCAGGACCUGAGAACAAAAAGAUUCGUCCUAUCAGAAUUGAGAAAAAGGAAGGAAAGCUACAUCCCUCUGGGAAGAAAUUGAUAGGUCCUGAAAUGAAGGAUACUUCAUCGAGUAAAUGGGAUACGAGUAGUGACAGUGAGUUGGAGACGAUGCUUCAGGUUAAACCAGACAUGAAGAAAGCCAAAGCUCAGACAACCCUCAGGACGAAAGAGACACGUCAGCGUGAAACUCAACGGAAAGAAGUCGUCACAAAUAACCCUGGUAGUGGAGGGAAGAAAUCCAGUCGCAAUCGUAGUCAUUCGAGAUCCGAACGUAGGCGCAGGCGUGACGAUUCCAGUUAUUCUUCGUACAGCUCGGACGAAGAUCGCAGCCACUCGAGAUAUCGGCGACACUCCUAUUCAUCAGAUUCUGACCGCAGUCGCUCUGGGCGUCGCUCAAGGCGUCGUCGCCGAUCAAAGUCCUAUAGUUCAGGGAGUGACUACUCGCGUAGCAGGUCUGGGUCAGGCUAUCGCUCACAUAGCAGGUCUCACUCCAGGAGCAAUCGACGUGGCCGACGUCACAGCAGUUAUAGCAGUUACACUGAUUAUGAAAGUGAUUAUGACCACGGGAGAUCCAGGAAGCAUUCCAGAGGUCGGUACCGUCACAGUUCAUCAUCAAGAAGUCGUUCGCGGUCCUAUUCAAGAGAUCGUUACCGUCGCAGAAGAUCUUAUAGUCGUUCGCACAGUUAUUCUAGCUACAGCGAUCGCUCACGCUCACGUUCAAGAUCAUAUUCUCGGUCAAGGUCACGAACAAGAAGCAGAGAUCGGCGUCGGUAUGAACUAAAAUCAAGCCCAGAUAAAGAAUUCAGCUCGGUUUUACCCAAGAAGGAGCCUAAAGUACAUCGAGCAAGGUCAGAGAAAGAAGCAAAAACAUUUGACCCCAAGGAUCUUGUAUUGCCAUUGCAUGUCAACAAAGAUCAUGUCAGCGAUCGCGCUCAGGAGCUGCUCAAAAAGAUUAAAGAGAAGAAAGAAACUCUCGCUAAGGAUGGAGACUUUGAUUUUAAUGAUACUGUUCCAGCUGGUUUAAAGUCUGCUGGGUUGAUGAUGAAAAACUCAGCAUUAUUGGGCCCCCAACCAGCGAUGAUGGACAAAGUCCCUGUAAUGCCAGUAAUUGGAAAGCUACCGAUAAUGAACAAGAGGCCUUACCCACAGGAUGAAAGGAGCAGAUCUAGUGAACGUAGCCCUAAUAAUAUGCAUGGUCCGCACGAUAGGAGUCCUUAUCGUAGACAGGAUGGUCGCUCUCCUGGUCAUAUUCCUCUACCACCUGGUGCACUGGGGAAUAACUCAAGCAACCCAAACAGUCCACGCAGUGAUGGGAGCCUUGGGGAUAUUCCCAACGCUCCACCCAACAAAAUGCCAAGACACAACAACAUGAGGCCAGGAUCGGAGUUUGAAAAUAAGAUUCCAUUGUGCCGAGGUCCAAGAUCAGAAAUGGAUUCCAUUCCGCUACCGCCAAGUGGAAGAGGAGGACCACACAUGCAUCCUGGAAUGAGAGGACCGCCACCUGGUAUGAGAGGUCCACCACCACGUCCGGGACCACCUGGGAUGCACAGACCACCAGGGCCUGGACCGCAUGGCCCUCGUGGGCCACCUAUGCAAGGGCCCCAUGGUCCUCUACAUGGGCCACCUCAUGGACCACCACAUGGGCCACACGGUCCCAGAGGUCCACCUCACCCAAUGGGGCCACAUGGACCUCGUGGGCCUCCACCUCCUGGAAUGAGAGGACCCUUCCCCGGCGGACCUGGUAUGCCACCAAGAGGACCACCAGGAAUGCCACCCAGAGGCCCCCCUCCCAAUCACAGAAUGCCUGGGCCUGGACCACCACAUCACAUCCAGUCACCACCACACCGUAGCAAUAGCCCUGGACAAGCCAAUCGCCAUUCGUCACCAUCACAUGUGAACCGCUCUCAAGCACCUAUGACUGCCAAGCCACCAACGCAACCACCUCCUAAAACUACGGCUCCUGCUACUACCACCCAAACUGCCACUGGUUCAUCUCAGACCCGCCCAAAGAUGCCAGGACAAAACGCUCAGGGUAGAUCUCCAUACAUCGGUCCCCAGGUGUCACCAGCCAUGGCACAGAGUCUCGGUUUAGACAUUGGCACUGGUAAGAAUAAUAAAAAAGGAGCAGCUAACUCUGUACCUAAAGAACAGCAGAAGGAUAUGGCACCUCCGCCACUACCCCCAUUGCCCAAGGAGGCUAAUAAGAAUGAUAAGAAGACGCCCCCGUUACCUCCCAAGUCCCCAUCGCCUAAGCCACCAGAUAAAACUGAUUCACCUCCAGCUCCGAUCAUGCCAAUGGCACCUCCAGUCAUGAGUGCAGAACAGGAGGAGCAGUACAAAGUGCUACAGCAGCAGGCUCAACAACAUGCAGCCAUGUUACAACAACGGGAGACUGGUUCUUCAGCGGGGUCACCAGAUGAAGUAGCACCCGCACAACAGCAGAUGAUCGCCAUUUCAUCACCAAUGGCCAUGCCUAUGCAAGGUGCUAUGGCAUUACCGUCGUCAAUGUCAAUGUUUUCUCCGGGGAUGCAGUUCCAAACAGCGUUACCACAAGGACUUUCUGGACUACAGAUGGCACAGAUGGGUCAGAUGGGUCAAAUCCAGAUGAUGGGCUCGCACCCUGGCAUGAUCUCAAUCCCUGCUGGUGGUGGAAUCCCUGUCCAGGCUGGCCGCCCACUUUAUGCAUCAGGUUUACCCCCUGGCCUCUCCCUUGGAGGGAUACCUGGUCUACCAGCACAUUUAGCAGCUCCUGCAGGGGGUGUGCCCAUGGGUACACCGAUGACGAUCAAUUCACUUGGACAGUUGACUCCUCUACCGUCUGGGGCUGUAUCAGCAAGCAGUCUCCCAGCAGGUAUGUCACUUCCAGCAGGUAUGAUUCCAGUUUCCAUGGCUCAGUUGUCUCAAAUGGCGCAAGCGAGUCACAGCAUCCAAGGAUUACCAGCCGGAUUAGUGCCACAUCCGUCUGCCGGUGUUUCUGGAAUCUCGGCAGCGGCAGCUGCAGCAAUGGCUGCCGGUGGACAAUCUCCGUUUUUAACAGCCGCUCCGAGUGGCCAUCCUGGUUUACCUGGACAACCCAUGAUUAUAGGUGGACCCAUGGGAGGCAUGCUUCUGCCUGGCACCAGAAUAAUACGUCCACCAAUGUAUCGGUUACCAUAAACUUGUAACAAUGUCAUAAUUGUGUAAACCCCAUUGUAUUUGGUUUCCUCUAAUAGUGUGGGGAGGGUUUCUAACUUCAGUUCAUUGUCAUGAUUAGAGAGAUAUAGCUGCUGGAAAUCUAUGCCUUGGCUAAUAAAUCUGGCCACUCGAACAUAAUGAAGUGAACAGUAGCAUGAUUUGCUGUUAUGAAUAACAACAUGCCAACACCAAAACUGUCAUUCAUUUAACCCUUACAGUCCUGAACGCAAACUGAGAACUCAUUAUAAAUUUGCGUAUUGUGAAGGGUAUACGAGUUCAAGGUCAUUAGAAUGUUUACGUUAUUGUAAAUUAUCAUUUUAGGAGUUUUUAUUGUUACUACUACUGUAAUACUAUCACUGUACAAAGAUGACCACAUCUGGUGGCCAACAACCAAGAUCUUUUUGUCAUGGUUUGGCAUAAGAUUUUGGAUGUUUUGAGGCUCACUGUAAAGUCACAUGCUGUGAUUUGCAGCGUUGAAAGUUACGGGUGACGUGACGUGCUCUGAAGUUGACUUUAGGAUUGUGUUUAUAAUCCCUUAUUGGAAAUGUCUCACUCGUGAAGUAAUGAUGGAAUGUGGUAUUUUAUACAUGUAAAUGUUUUGACUGCGUUAUGUUCUUGGAGGAAGAAUGGCUGAGGUUGAUAAAUGUCCGUUGAUUUUACGGCAAAUCAAAAAGUAUAUAUGAUCAAUAGUGGACAUUUGGGACUUGUUAGCCAAUAAGUGUAGUGCUUGGAAUGUGCAACCCUCAGUGUUUUGUGUUCAGUGUUGAUACACAUUUGAUGGAGGUAGAAAGUUGACUUCACACCAGCUGUAAUAUGCCGUGUUUAAUUUUUCAAAGUCAGUUUGUUGAAGCCCGACAGUAUGGUGCCACCGACCUCUUGAUAUCAUGACUUGUUGAGUUUAACCUUAGCGAUAGUUGUACUUUGAUGCUGUGAUGCAGUCUUGUGAUCAAUAUUGCCUCUCACUGCUGGGUAGGUUUACGGGCAGUCCUUGACCGUCUAAUCAGGACUGCAGGGGUAGACUGAAAACGCAGAUCAAAUUUGAGGUCUUCUUGAGAGGACUCCUCCAGUGAGGUAUUCAUUUCUAUUCUAAAGAGGCUCAAAUUGAACAUUUGCUAUCGAAUUAAAACCUAGUGGUCCUUGGUUGUAAUACCACUGUGAUCAAAAUGAGGCUUGGUAUAUUUUCCAUUACAAACAUUGAUAUCUGGUGACCAAAGCUUUUAGAUUGUUUUACUAAGCUCUGCACACACGGGACUUUUGAAAUUGUCAAUGCAGAAAAACAUUCUUUGCUGGAGUGUAGCCAAUUUGGUUUACUCUUGGGAGCAGUGGGAAUCAAACAGAACUUACAAGGAAUAUGUAAAGGGAAAGUAUAGGCAGGAGCCACUUGGGUCAGAUUAAGUUGCAUGAAGUCACCACAAGGUGUCUCUGCUGUUUUGCAGUACGACAGCACUGGUAACAGAGACCAAGUCAAGUCUAUCCGUGCAUAUUAGUCAUCUGGAAACCACAGAUGGCACCCUCAUCUUUUGCCUAUAAUCACCCUGUGUUAUUUCUCAUUCGGCAAGUUUUAUUUACUCUUUAGAUGAGAGAAGACGAGCACAAAUUUGUACAUCUUCAAUGAAUUGUUCACUUGUUUGUCUUUUAAUGCUUUUCUAUGAUAUUUAUUUAAUGUUGUUGUAAAAUAUGAUUUUUGCUGCAAAUCACCUUAUUUCUGCCAAUAAUUUCUCUUGUCAAAGAAGCAAAGAAGUUGAAAAUUUAUGGUGAGAUCAAUCUGCGUAAAUCAAAUAUGUCAUGUUUUUUACCGAAAAUUAAGGGUGUAGAAAUAAUGUGGCUUGCGGUAUUUGCUUUUGGGGAUGCACAGCAGUAUAAUAGCUUGGAGCAGUGCCGACAUUUGGGUAUGUUUUUCAUUUUAAAAGAACAAGGUUGAAGUUCUUUCUAAAAGUCAGGAAUUGUAUUGUAAAUCUUGCCCACAUAAUAGCCAAGAACAUAAUGGCUGAUGACUCUUGGAACUAUUAUACAGUUUUCUUGACUUUUUGUUGAGUGAAGCCCUUAAUUGUGUUGUCAGCCUUGAAAGAAGGACAUGUACCCAGGUGUAUAGAUGAUGACAUACAGUUGCCUUAUUUUAAGUUGGGUUGGUACACACUUGUGGUCAAUGCGGCCUUGAUGUACUGUACCACGUCCCGUUCUUAGUAAUUUAUCAGAUCGGUCUGGCUGUGUUUAUAUCCAAUGCCUGGCCGUGCUUGUAUCUUGUAUAUUUAGACUGUACACUCAAUAAACAUGUAUAUACAUGGAAA